AAAGUAGGAAAAACCCAGGCUCAUCCUAGUGAGAAACUGAAGGGAGUCUGUGAGGGAUAAGAAACACAUUGUGGAGUAGGUCUGCAAUCCGAGACUGGAAACUUUAAUUUCAUACCAUUGUCCAGCAUCGACAGGGUUGGAUUUCUCCAGUUCUGGGCAGCAGGUAGUGGCAGUAGGAAGCACAGGGUGGGACCGAACAGAGUAAGUGCUGGAGAAAGACACCCUGGGCAUGCUGGGAGGAUCUGUGGAUGAUCAGACCUGAAGCCGGCUCCUGGACCAGCAGCGUCUACCUGAGUUCACAUCUACGUUGGCACAGAGCCUCAGGGGACAGGGGACGGAGGUGGGCUGUGUCAUCACUCCACCUCCUGGGGAAAAUGGAGCAGUCCCUCUACAGGUCCUAACUUGUAGAUGAGAGUAAUGUUUCCUUCAGCCAGGGCCGUAGUUGUCAUCCAAAGAACAGUAAAGAUACUGAUGGAGGAGAAGCUGGGCAGAAUUUAAAAAAAAAAAAAAAAAAAAAAAGGGAAUCCAGAUUGUUUCCACAGCUUUCAAACUGAUGCCUUCAGGGUUUUUUGUUUGUUUGUUUUUUAGUAGUUUGGCAUUAGCUGAACCUCAGAAUCUGUACCCUAUAUUCGAGAUACCUCAGUUAGAACCAGUCUCGUCAGUUCCAUGAAAAGGUUUUCUUCACCAGCCGUCAUCCUGUUAGUCAUCCCAGAGGCAUAACUGUUCCAACUGAUAUUGAAACGAGAUGUUUCCAUGGUCACCAGUCCGGGUGAGAAACAGCUGACUCAGAAAAUGUUGGAACCUCCUGGAAAAACAGUGUGUGCAGGCGACUCAAACGUCCCUUCCGGAAUGCUUCCGAGUGGCCAAGGUCUGCAGAGUAUGAGUCAGUUCAGAAGUAUCGCCCCGAAACUUGCACCCCGAUUGCUGGCGCCCAGAGUGCUCCCUGGCCCCUCCCUCAGUGCCAAGGCCCCAGGGGUGCCCCCCCAGAGUUAUGCGCUGAUGCAAGUGGCUGGCCAGGAGGGGACCUUCUCUCUCGUCGCUCUGCCACAUGUUGCCUCCGCUCAGCCAGUCCAGAAGCCCCGACUGCCUCUUCCCGAGAACCUCAAACUGCCCAUUCCCCGGUACCAACCCCCCAGACACAGCAAAGGGCCAAGAAGGACACCGGGGCCCAGCACCUUCCAUGGGAGCUGCAGCAAGCUGCCUGCCCAAACCCAGGCGCCCCCUUCCCCAUCUGAGCAUCCUGAGUCCCUGAAAAAGCCCAGUCUGCCCAAGCGGGCCCCAGCUCCAGACCCCGCCCUGGCUGGCAUGGGCCCAGCCACACUGACCAGUGGGGAUGGCCGUGGAGACCCUGGGCCUGCCGGGACCAGCAACCAUGGAGGGGGGCACCCUCCAGCCACCCCAGCAUCACCCAUGCCAGAGGAACAGGGCCUCCCCAAGUGCUCAGGGAAAGCAAACACUGCAAACAGGAGAGCAGGCAGGAGAGCUGCUGCCACUGCCAGCGAAAAACGUAAAGAAAAGGUCAACCUUGCCAAAGCCGGGACCCAUUUGUCACCAGGUGUUUGGGGCCACGCGGCUCAGGUGAUCACUUCCUUCCCUGGAGGUAAGCUACCCAUCCUGCCCUACUCAAGAGUGAAGACGCUCGAGCCUUGCGGAAGCGAAGCCGCAGUCCGCGCAGCAGAUUUUCCUGGCCCUGGGCUCAGGGCAGACAGUGGCAAGACCUCCUCCUCGGUCACAGAAGGCUUCUGUGUGGCCCCCCAGGUGGCCAGCAAAGUCCCUGCCUCUCAGAGGUCAAGGCAGAGCCCCUGUGACAGUGCCUUCCCUCCAGCCACCAAAGCCGACCUCAACCACAAGCCAAAAGUGAAUGGCGGGGCAAAGAGGAGAGGACGAAAACGGAAGGUACCUGAUGACCUCUCCACGUUUCAGGGGAAAAGGAGAAAAUGUGUCAUUACCAAGGGUAAAGAAGGCAAAGAGAGAGUCAAAACCGAUCCCCAGGAAGCCAGAGGCCAAAAACCUGGGGCUGUGAAAAGAUAUCGGAGCAUCAUGCCCAAACCUGUCCUGGUGCUGCCAGCCCUGGCUCCCCUGGUCCCUCCCGUGACCCCCUUUCAGUCCCCGCUGCCCGGCCAGAGCAUGUGGCUGAGUAAUUCCCUCAGCCCCAAGGACCCAGGCCGCAAGCAGGACAGCGGCCCCUCUGCUAAGCCCACCUCCGCCUCCAGAACUGGGUUCUCCGGCAUCUGGAAGCCAUGGCACAGGUGCCACGUGUGCAACCGCCACUUCCAGUACAAACAGCACCUCCGGGAGCACAUGAACACACACACCAACAGACGGCCCUACAGCUGCCGGCUCUGCCGCAAGGCCUACGUGCGGGCGGGCAGCCUGAGCGCACACAUGCAGCUCCAGCACGGCAGCGAGGGCCGGCCCAGGAGGCUCAUGUGCUGUGAGUUCUGUGCCAAGGUCUUUGGCCACGUUCGAGUCUACUUCGGCCACCUGAAGGAGGUACACAGGGUCCUCAUCAGCACUGAGCCCGGCCCCUGCGAGCAGAGCCGAGAGCAUCCCACCAGGGGGCUGGAGGACCCCGGGCCCAGUGCCGGGGCGCGAGGGGCCGGCACAAGAGAGUGCUUAGCUUUAAGAACUGGGGAGACCAAGCCCAGCUUGGAAGAAGACCUCCUUCUGAACCAAGCCGACGAGGUCAAAUUCCAGAUCAGAUGUGGCCGCUGCCAGAUCACUGCCCAGUCUUUUGCUGAAAUCAAGUUCCACCUGCUCUAUGUCCACGGAGAGGAAAUUCAGGGCAGAUUACAAGAGGAGAUCUCACCAGGAAGCAAGGGAGCUCAGGGAGAACGGGUCAGACACGCCGCUUCUUUCUGGAAACAGCAUCCAGAGAGACGAAAGAUGCUUAAGCCUUGUCCCUCUGAGGGGGAGCUCCAUUCACUUCCCAGAUUGAAAAAGCAGCCCUACCUCCAUCAUGAGGAUGAUGUGGAAAUACACACGAAGCAGGAAGGACCCGGUGAGCCAGGAGGAGACCCCCAGGGCCAUGGCCCUCACGCUGCCCUCCUCGAGUCCCAGUUGGGCUUUAACUGCGUGCUCUGCACACAGACGCUGGGAGGGAAGGAAGACCUGCUGCUGCACUGGGAGCACCACCACAAGUGUGAGGACCCCCCCAAACUCUGGACGAUCCUCGGGGCUCUCUCCCACCAGGGGGGCUUCGAACUUCUCGGAGAAACCCGAAAAUGAAGCCCCUGGGGAUGAGGGGAUGAGGAGAGGCUGGCUCUCAGCUUCCUCUCUGAGUUUGCGUGUCCUGGUGGUGCUUGGUUAUCAAACACGGUAGGAGGCUCAGCAUUAAGGACAGGAGUGAUUUUUGUACCUCCUUUUGUUUGCUUAUGAAAUAUGUAUGUAUAAAUGCCCUUGAUGCUUAUUUUUCUAAUAUAUGCAGUUCUAUUUUAAAAGUCUUUGUUAAUGUCUGAGACUUUAUUUGAAAUUCAGUCGAAAGAUACAUUUGCGGGUUGAAACGUAGAGGGUUAUAGGCUGUUCUUUAAAUACCAUUUUUCAUAAAAACGUGUGAAUGUGUGUGUGCACGUGCGUUUGGUCACACGUUUUCUGUUUAAGUAGACUGACAGAUGUGAUAAAU